AUUUUUAUCGAUAAUUUUUGCGAAGAAGAGGAGAAAUGUCAAAUGAACAUGUAAACCAAAAUGGCCGACAGCGUGGAAAAGAGAAAGAAGAGAUCCAAGUGGAACAAAGAAGAAGUUGAACUUCUCCUGAGCUUGUGGACGGAAAAAUUGCCACAGUUACGAGGUGUUAAAUGAAAUUCGCAUGUCUAUUAAGACAUGUCUAUGGAAAUGGCCGCCAAAGAGAUGAGAAGAAAAUUGUUGGUCCCUCUGGUGGCAGCCCUUCGACUUGGGAAUAUUAUACGAAAAUUAAUAGCAUUCUCGGCAGCUAUAAAAGUUUCAAUUUAGAAACAUUGGUGGAAGAGAGCACAGUUUACGAAGUUGUGGAGUGUGCGCUCUCCCCAAAUAACUCUUCUAUAGAUUCGCAAGAAGAAUUUCCGCCUUCAGUCGAGGAACCUAUAAAGAAAAAGAAAAAGACAAAUGCAUCAGUUAACAUUCAAUAUGAGUUUUUGGAUGUAUUCCAGACUUCGAAUACCAAAAUACAGGCUGAAAUUGAAGCAAUUAAGGAGGAUGGCAGGGAGGCCAUACAAAUUGAAAGAGAGAGAAAUUCCAUCCUGGAGAAAUUUCUGGAAGUUUUUAAACAACGCAUCUAAAGCUCCAGUUACCGAUGCUUGACUUGACCUAGAGAGACUUGAGAACUGUCACGCAUGACUUGACUUGAAAGUCUGUUGAAUUAGAACUCUAAGUUACGUUGACACUUGUACUGCUCUCCCUCUCUCACUGCUUCUCCUUUCAUUCUCAUUAUGACACUAUUCCAGUGUUGCCCGAAUGUUUUCGUUUAAAAUUAAAUAUGUUAAAAUUCUAAUCUUUAAUAUUUAUAAAUCUUCAAAUAAAGAAAAAAUUAGAUAAUUCAGAGGAAAAUACCUUUUUCACAACAAUUAUUUUUUAAUGUGUUUAAUAAAAAAAUCUUUUAUUUUAUUUAUAACGCAAAUACUUGUUUAACUUUAAGUGCAAUAAACAAAUCAAAUAGGUUCGAUAUGAGGAUAAUUUUGGCAACAGAAACAUAACUAUUGCGAAUCUCUCCAAGAAUUUGUGGUGAUCUGCUCAGAAAAAAAUAGUUUGCGAAUUUAUGUAAUGAAAAAUUGAUUGUAAAUGUUCAAUUACAAUUUGAAUAAAUUAUUUAUUCACCUAUCAUUUAUACGCUCGGCUGGCUCCAAUUUAUUACAUCUUCUAACAAUUCUAAAUAUCGAAAAACUGAACUACGCGUGCACGUUUCUUUUGUGCUAUUCUGCUCAAAGCUAUAUUCAUAUAUGUUUUUAUUAGAGUUUUCUUUCAAACAGAAAAUCUUAACGUGUUCACAGAUUUCCUAAUAGUGAAGUUUUUUUGUAUACUAGUUUUAAAAUCUUCAAUCUUGGUGAUAUUUUAAUUUAAAAAACUUAGUUUUAAAGCUAAAUCUGACCAUCUGGCAACUCUACCCAGAAACUAUAAUAAUAACAGCUGAAGUUGAAGUUGUGUGAAGUAUAACUGCAUCUAAGUUUUCCAAGCCAAAUUUUUCGAAGCUGAGUCAAGUCAAGCAUCGGUAACUGGAGCUCUACUUCGUAGCUAUGUCAAUUUUUUUCUUUCUAGUCCAGGAGAAGUUCAACAUCUUUCUGUUUAAUGUAAUGUUUUAAAUGCUUAA